AUGCGACUUGAUAAUCCAGUACAACUGUACAAUUACAUAAACAAGUGUCGCAAGUGGAUAAAAGUGUGGAAUCCCCAAAGCUAUGAUAGUCCGAAAGGCCAGUUCUCCUUGACCACUUACAACAUUCUUUCGCAGAAUCUCUUGCUGAACCACUUGUACCUCUACCAAGAUAACAUUAAAUCGAACCUCAUGUGGUCACAUCGGGCUGAAAGGCUUAAGAAGGAACUGCUAGAGAUGAACUCUGACAUCUUUUGCCUUCAAGAGGUACAUAUGGAAAACUUCAAGUCGCACAUUUUGCCGUCCCUAAUCGAGCGGGGCUACCAGGCAGUGUUCAAGCAAAAAACUGGUCCCUCUCAGGAUGGCUGCUCGAUUCUCUUUAAAAGGGACAAAUUCAUUUUCAAAGACUCACGGGAAGUUGAGUUCAAUCGCAGAGACAUAUCAAACUUGCUUGACAAAGACAAUGUCGCUUUGCUGGUUAAAUUGAAUCCUAUUGGCUUUAACAACAAAAGCACGGACACGGACCUCGUUAUCGCAAACACUCAUUUACUUUUCAACCCAAAGAGAGGCGACAUCAAAAUUGCACAACUCCGGUUGCUACUCGCUGAAAUUCAACAGUUUGCACGUACGGAACAGUGCCUGUCUACCAGUGCUAACAGGCCGCAACUCGACCCUUUCAAGCUAAAGUAUUCUCCAAUUAUCUUUUGCGGCGACAUGAACAGCGAGCCGUCCAGUCCGCUAAUUCGAUUUAUCAAGGAUGGCCGGGCUAACUUCAAUGGCCUUUUGAGCGGUGACAUUUCCGGUCAGAGAGAAGGCAUUCAACGCGGCCGAGAGCUGCUUCAUCGAGAGCUAAUGCUUAGAGGAAUCGGCACAAACUCCUGCUAUAAACAACAGAGCGGAAUCUACAAUUGCGACGCAGUGGCAUCCACCUCCGCUGACUUUAGUGUGCAAAACCUGGCAAUUGAGCAUGUGUUCAAGCUGGCUUCGGCAUACCCUGCAAUAGAUGAAUUUGGCAAAAAGUUUUACUCCAUGUCUACUUACCUCGACAUUGGCUUUGUGGACCACAUUUUCUACAGUUUCAAGCACGAAAACCUCAGACUUUCAGCCUUUCGACAGCUGCUGACCAAACGGAACCUCAACACCAUUGGUACCUUUCCAAAUUCUGUUUUAGGCUCCGACCACAUUGCCCUAAGCGCCAAAUUAACACAUGUAUUCGCAUAA